AGACACGGAGAUCCCUGUCAUCACCUGCCCGGCCGAUCGGACCAUCGAGACAGAUACAAACCAGAACUUCGCUACACUCAGUUUACCCGAUGCAGCCUCCGCGUCUGACAACAGCGGGAAGUUCGAAAUCACCAUUGACGUGGAUGGAUCUACGCGCCGUGUCAAUGAUAUACUCAGUUUCAGUCUUGCGCAGUCUGUGCACACAUUGCAGUACAUUGCCGAAGAUGCUAGCAACAACAAUGCAACGUGCCGCACGCAAAUCACUGUCAUAGAAAAUAAGCCGCCCGUCAUUACCUGUCCAUCCGAUCAAACCACCGAGGCGGAUACAAACCAGAACUUUGCUACGGUCAUCCUUCCUCAUCCUGUCUCUGCAUACGACAACAGCGGAUGGUUGGAAGUCACCAUUGAUGUAGAUGGUUCCAUGCAUCUUGUAAAUGACAGCAUCAGUUUGAGCGUUGCGCAGUCUGUACACACAUUGCAGUACACUGCCAAAGAUGCCAUCAACAACGUUGCAAACUGCAGCAUGCAAAUCACUGUCAUAGAUCUGACUCCACCUACUUUCACCACCGGUUGCCCGGGCGACAUUUAUCGUCUAGUGGACCUCAACAUAGAAUCAGUCCCCGUGGCGUGGCCUAACGUGACAGCAUCAGAUCCAAACUCGCCGUUGCUAUGGAACCCUAGCCAUCACCCUGGUGACAUGUUCCCCGUCGGUAAUGUUACCAUGGUAACCUACACAGUCGCAGACCAAGACGGGAACGUUGCGUCUUGUAAAUUCACGGUGGCAGUAACAGGGCUUAAACUCCGCUGUCCAGCCAAUAUCACAGCUGCCACUGAUCCCGGAAGUAACGCCACCUCUGUUUCAUGGGCUCAGCCCAAAGUGAUUUUCACCGGCUCACCUCAGGGGCAGAGCACCAGUGCGAUACGUGUUCAUCUUGAUCACGUGUCACUAGGGGACCACUUGAUUGGCUCUGAUGAUGAUGACGUCGAUGAUGACGAUGCAAGUGGUAGUGGUGAUAUAUACUCCCGUGAUGAUGUAGGGACAACAAUCCGCUUGCUGUCCGAGCACCACCCUGGAGAGUCCUUCAGUAUCGGAUCAACUCCUGUUUUCUACCGGGUAGGGGGAACGGAGAUCGAAUGCGAUUUUCUCGUCAUUGUCGAAGAUAAUGAGCCUCCUAAACUUGACGACUGUCCAGCUGACGUCAUCAUCCCAGUCAGCUCAUCGUCCAAUCAGGUACAUCACAGGUGGAUUCCUCCAACGGCCUCUGACAACUCUGGUCGUGAAGUGGAGGUGACGUUCAGUUGCUCAGGAGCCACAGCCGGUGACUGCGACCAAGCUGGCAACGGAACCUUUUUAGUUGGAGAUUCCACAAUCACGUACCAAGCUGAAGAUGCGUCUGGGAAUGAGAAUGUUUGCACGUUUACUGUGACGGUUACAGUUGUGGAAAUCGUUUGUCCAGCAAAUGUUUCGGCAUUAGCAAGUCCGGGUCUUAACAGUACAAGUGUGAACUGGUUGGAACCGGAUCUAACUGGAUGGAACGGACCAACAAACGUUACCUCAAGCAACAAUUCUGGUGAUGAAUUGUUGAUAGGAACUCACCGAGUAGACUAUCAGCAAUGGUUUGCGGCAUACAACCUGCACUUCGAAUGUUCAUUCUCUGUUGUGGUACAAGGUCAGUGCCCAACCAACACAACCAAUGACGGUCUGAGAUGGCCUGUAGCAGUAGCUGGAUCCACUGCCAAGUCUGUCCAACGAUGUCCACUGACAACUGAAAAUGCCGGUGAACCCGAAGCCGUCCGAAACUGUUUAAAGUUGGAGGCGCCUCUCUACUUCCGAUGGGAGAAGCAGGAGACUCGUGGCUGCGGGGACAAGAAGGAAGUGUCUCUCAAAAACGUCGUCAAGGUUGAGGUAAGCAGAGGCAAUGCAGUCGAAGUGGCCGAGUUUCUGGCCAAUCAGACGUCAGAGUCAUCUAAGGAGGCAGAAGAUGUUGCGGUGGUUGCCAGCAUUUUGAAGAACAUCGCAAAAGCAGGAUCGGGGGACAAAGAGGUGACAGAACUAGUGCUGGAGACUGUCAGCAAUGUCAUUAUGAGUGUUGGGCCUGAAACUCCUGACUCCGAGCCCACUCAGAUCGAGGCUGGUACCUCCUCAGCCAUCAUUCAGUCCGUAGAGACUCAAAUCUCCCUGACACUUCAGCAAGAGGGUAAGGUCAGUAUACGUCAGGACUCCAUUCACGUGGAGGCGGUCAGUCUUGAGCCAAACCAGACCAGGAACGGACUCAGCUUCAUGUCCGUGAAACAGUCCAAUGUGACGUAUCCUGGACAAGGGUCACCGCAAGAGGGCACCCUUGCCGGUACCGAGGUCGAGACUUUGUACUCCAGUGUAAUACCGGAGGAUCUCGAUGUCUUGGCAUCGGCUCGGUUGCCUAGCAACAUCAUCAAUUUGUUACCGUCCCCUAAUGCUCAGCUGAAAGCCAGUUUCCUGAUCUACGCUGAUGACACGUUGUUCCAGUCUGCUUCGAUCAGGGAGCAUCGAGGGGAGGGUAACUCGACGCGUAAGGUCGCUGGAUCUGUCGUCUCACUGACUGUGGAGAAUGUUGAACUUGUCAACCUCACAGAACCAGUUGUGAUUGAAUUCAAGGAGGAAUCAAGCGAAGUCCAAUGCGUGUCCUGGGACUUUGAGCUGGAAGAUGGAGUCGGCGAUUGGACAACAGAUGGAUGCGCGCUUGCUGAAGUGACCAAUAAGACGAUCGUGUGUAAUUGCUCUCAUGCCACCAACUUUGCAAUCCUAGUGGAUGUGAAGGGCCAAGCACCUGAUGAUAAAGAUGAAACUCCUGCUAAGCGAGCGCUUGAUGUCAUCAGCCAGGUUGGCGCUGCACUUUCAAUCAUAGCUCUGGCUAUCACGCUGAUUAUAUACUUAGCUAUCAGGAAACUGCGAAGUGGCAAAUCUCGUCAGAUCUUCAUCAAUUUCUGCUUCUCGUUGUUCAUGUUGUACAUCGUCUUUGUUGCCGGCGUCGACAAUGCUAAGGGCUCCGGAGGUGGUUGUGUGUUCGUGGCUGCUUUACUCCACUACUUGACUCUGUCCACUAUGAUGUGGAUGGCCGUUGAAGCCAGGAACAUGUACGUCAGUACGGUGAAGGUGUUCCCAGAAGACGCGCCUCGAUACAUGCUCAAAGCUUGCCUCAUCGCUUGGGGUUCACCAUUGAUUGUGUUGAUAAUCACAUUGGCUGCAGCAUCACAUCACUAUGCCAACGAACAUUACUGCUUCCUUGAGCCCGGUCUUGUUCUGUACCUCGGCCUCCUUGCUCCAAUUGGUCUCAUCCUCCUCCACAACAUCAUCACCUUCGUUUUGGUCAUGCGCAGUCUCCUGAAGGUCAAAGAGGCAUCUCGCUCCCAGCAGAUCUCCAAACGCCUCCAGAAUGCCGCGGGAAUCUCCGCCCUCAUGGGCUUGACCUGGUGUUUUGGGUUCCUGGCGAUCAAUGAGGCAGCUUUUGCAUUUCAGCUCAUCUUCUGUCUGGCCAACUCCUUGCAGGGCGUGGUUGUGUUCAUCAUGUUCUGCGCUCGACGCGAGGAGGUCCGCACCGCCCUGGCCCCUUACAUGAAGCGCAUCUGCUGCGGCCGGGAAUGCCGUCUGCCCACGCUGCAUCCUGAAAAGUCCAACGAGUCAGAAUUGGUGUCAGCGACGGCUCACACUUCUCCGUCAGCCGGGCAGACUGCAGAUAUGGAGAUCUCUGUGUCAACACCGCAAUAGGAAGGUUUUGUUGCAAUUUCAAAGAAAGCCUUACCGUCAAGGUUGAACCAUUCUUGUGUCGUACAUUUGCUAAGUUAUAGUUGAGGUACCAUUAUAACAGGUAACGUAAAGCAGAUAUGGACGCCCUCCAAGCCCUAAAACGUCAUGUUCUAUGUUUGAUAAUCAAUACCUUUUGGUGUCUCAUUUCAUAAAAUGUUUAGCAUAUUUCAUAAACUGCUUAGCAUGUUUUAAGCUGUGUUUAAAUUAUAAUACUGCAAGGAAUUUGGUAAAUAGUAAUGAAACGCAGAGCUUUUUUCAUAAUUAGUUGAUUAUUCUCAAAUGUAUAACAUUUGAACAAUUUAUUUCGACAUGAAAUCUGAUGAAAUCAACCUGAGUCAAGAUGCAAACAAGAGGUUGAUUCGCGUGUAUAUUUCCUAUGGCAAAUAAUUGUAAUCGGAAACCGCUUCGUUAUUUUACGAUCAAAAUACAGCAUUUUAUGGCGUAUCGAUUAAAAAUAUCGAGUCUCAAAUAUUUAGCAUAAUUGAUAUUCUGCAGCCUGUUAAUGAUUGCUACAGUUUACAUACAUUAAAACACUGUAUAUUGAUAUUUCUAGCGAUAUUUUCUUCUUUUUUACCACUGGAUGCCCAACUUGAAAGCCAUGAGGCAUACCCAAUGCUGAGCAGAUACGAAUCCCUCAACCCAUGAAGAAACUUAAAUAUGUGACCUACUGAGGCAAAAUGAGGAAUGUCCCCCAAAAUCUUGUUUUGAGUAAUCGACGCCUGAAGUCGGAUAUAUACUAGAAAAAUCAUGUCAAAAAUUAAUCGAUAUUGAUUGUUUUGUAUUUUUGAGUAGCCUAGGUAUUCAGGAUUCAAACUAUUCAUUUUUGUUGGGGAAAAAUACCAACAAAAGUGGAAAAAGUGAAGAACGUUUUUCACUGCCUUUGGUGGUGUAAUGUGUGUCCUUUUUUUCAAAGCCAUUUUUUUUUUCGAAAUGAGGUUAGCGAAACUUGGCAGGACACUGUUGAAGUUCCUGCGUCAUAUCUUUGGAAUAAAUUAAGCUACAGAAAUAAAUUUGGUAUCAUUGGAAGCCAAUGAUUUGUGCUUGAACAUGAUAUGUACACAUCGUGAAAAGUCAAAGGUGGGGGUUAUUCCUCAUUAUGCUAUGGGAGGUCAGAUAUGCAUAAUUAUAUUGACUAAAUUCGCUGCUUCGGCAGGUUGCAUAAUAGUUAUAACACAUUGGUACAAUAUAACGAAUUGUAAGUAUUACUCAGCAUUAGAAUACGGUUUGCAUGUAAUACAAAUCCAAAUUCGAAGAGGCUUAAGAUUUUAAAUUUUAAAUCGGCAAAGCAUGUGGAGGACUUAAACAAGUUUAUUCAUCAGGGAAUUAAUGGUGAUAGUUGUUAAAUCGAAAGUAGGUCUGUACUACAAAAAAAUGUCAUUAGGCCACUUAAGGUAAGCCUGUGUGUAAACUUGUUCUUUACACGUAGGAUGUACAGCACCAAUUUCCUUGUAGAUGACCAUUUUGUUGGUUGUUAUUUGUGCGUUUCUCUGGAUUUCGAAGCUAUAGCCUAUACUUCGCCCGGUGCAUUUCAAUUCACACUAUUUCCGCAUACCAUUCCGGACUCCAUUUUGAAUAAAAAAAGUAUUAAAGGAACCAUCCCCAUUCUGCACUAUUUUCUGUACUGACUGGAGGUAAACCCCCUGGGACUAUUCAACUUUUUU